GACGUUGCCAGCAGUCGUUUUCUGGUUUGAGGAAGAUGAAGCGAAGAGAGACUGCGGUUGAUCGUAAUCAUCUGUGCCCAGAUUGUCACUGACCUGCAGUCCUGCACCAAUGUUUUGGAGCAAUCAUGUCUCAGAUACAUGGACCUCAGAUGCAAGUGCGACUAAAGCAAGAGAGCUCCUGCAGCUCAGCUCUGUCAGCUGGUUGAUCAACGUGUUGAUCUUUGACAAGAGGUGCAUCUUCCAGCUCUUGUGGCGUUGUGGCUAGAGACUUGGGGUUAAGCCUCAGCCAUCUACACUGCCACAUGCUGCCCAAGCCACAUAGGAAGUUGCAGAACCGACAUUCCGACCGACCAACCGACCAACUCACACGUCGAACCUAAAUCCCGCCCAAGCAAACCGAGCCCGAGGUCGGGACCUUGCUGCAUCUGCCGUCGGAUUAUUUUGCCGAAUUUGGCUCGCUUUCACGUAUCCCGCCCCCGGCCUCCGCAUACCGACGCACUUCGCAACCGCAAAGCUGCACUUGACCGCCCGCCGUUCGAGGGCUGGCAGAAACUCGGCAACCCAACUCAACAGAAAAUUGGAGGGGCUGUCCCACUUUCGCGAUCUUACGAUAUCUGGUUGCACGCUCGCCCUUCCAGCUUCGACAUCGUUACCAAUUGACUGCGACGGCUUUCCUAAUCCCUCCAGCUUCGCGGUUGUCAAGUGAGUAGCACGUGUUUCCUAUCCAUGACAUCGACUGACCUUUUGUCUCUUUUGGCAAAUUUUCCAGAUUUCCCGAGACCCGUAACGAAAGAGCUAGCAAGCUCCCAGCUACACGUCCAAUCCCGCUUUCUGUGGAGAAAAAGAGUCCUCGGACACCAUCUUCAAAAUGUCCGAAUUGACAACCCGCAAAUACUUUGACAACAUCUACAUUCCCGCUGGUCUGAUCGUCUUCGGAUGCUUCAUUACCAAGCGCGAAUGGACGCCGUACGCUGUCGCUCUGGCGCUCGCGCUGGCCGCCUACAAGUUCAACGCCAUGCAGAUUAAGAAGGUCCUGAAGCCUGAUACCUUCCAGGACUUUGAACUCAAGGAGAAGACCAUCAUCUCGCACAAUGUCGCCAUCUACCGCUUCAACCUCCCCAGCGAGAAGGCCAUCCUCGGCCUGCCCAUCGGCCAGCACAUCUCCAUUGGCGCCAACUGCUCCCAGCCUGAUGGCACCACCAAGGAGAUUGUGCGCUCCUACACUCCCAUUUCUGGCGACCACCAGCCCGGCUACUUCGACCUCCUGAUCAAGUCCUACCCCACCGGUAACAUCUCCAAGUACAUGGCGUCGAUGAAGGUCGGACAGACGCUCAAGGUCAGGGGUCCCAAGGGCGCCUUCGUCUACACCCCGAACAUGGUCCGUCACUUUGGUAUGAUUGCUGGCGGCACUGGCAUCACUCCCAUGCUUCAAAUCGUCCGCGCUGUCAUCCGUGGCCGCCCCACCGGUGACAAGACCGAGAUUGACCUCAUCUUCGCCAACGUUACCCCUCAGGAUAUCCUGUUGAAGGAGGACCUGGACGCCCUUGCCAAGGAGGACGCUGGCUUCCGUGUUCACUACGUUCUUGACAAGCCCCCUGCGGGCUGGACCGGCGGCGUCGGUUACGUUACCGGUGACAUGAUUACCAAGCUUCUCCCCAAGGCUGCCGACGACGUCAAGCUUCUGCUUUGCGGUCCCCCGCCCAUGGUCAGCGGACUGAAGAAGACUGCCGAGACUCUUGGUUUCAAAAAGGCCCGCCCCGUGAGCAAGCUCGAGGACCAAAUCUUCGCUUUCUAAGCUUGUCAAAGCUUGAGAGGACUCGGCCUAAACAAACAAACAAAAAACUACAUUGCGUGGGAGGAAACGGCGUUUUGCAUGUUGGUGGGCACCAGGGGAAGUCGAUAUAGAUGCAUUUCCAGAGUUCAAGGUGCUGUUCCAUGGGUUCCGUAGAUAAGAGCUUCUGCAUUCGGAUAGCUUUGUUGCGACUGAGCUGUCGUGUAGAAAGCGCGCCCCACCUUACAUAAUGCCACUACAUUCUAAU